AUGUCUCCCUCCUCAGACAACUCCACCUCCAACGCCAAGAACGAGGCCCGAUCUCAAGGUCACAAAGACGAGGAUAUUGAAGGCGACCACAAUGAGUGGAAAUUCAGAGUCCCGUAUAAAGUGCAUGAAAACGAUGAGGAUUUUAAAGUGCUGUAUGAAGGGGGUUGUCAUUGCGGACGGGUGAAGUAUCAGUUGAGUAGGGAGAGGCCCUUGAGUGCGAAGUUUUGUCAUUGCACGACUUGUCAGGUUUUGCAUGGAGCACCAUUUCAAUGGGCUGCGAUUUUCCAUAAAGAAGAUAUCAAUUUCACCCAUGGACAUCAUGAUCUGGGUUGGUACGAAUCCGAAGAAAAAACCACCCGUCACAAGCUUCCCUGCAAAGUAAGCUGUGCAUACUGUCGUACGCCCAUCAUGGACGAGGGAAGAAAUAUGAUAUUGCUUUUCCCGAGCUUGAUUAAAUUCAAGAAUCAAGAGGAGAAAGAGAAGUUUAACCCUACAUGUCAUAUGUUCUAUUCAAGACGCCUAGUAGAUAUUCCUGAUGGAUUACCUAAAUGGACGGGCUUGAAUGACAAGAGUGAUUUGAUUGAGGACAGUCCUCCUGAAGCUAUUCAAAAGAGAAAGAGAGAGAAGGAAGAAGAGGAAAAAGAGGGAAAAGAUGGGAAAGAUGGGAAAGGAGAAAAUGGCCAUGAGAGGAAGAAAGAGAGAAAGGAAUAG